GCAAACCCUAUCUCAGUAUCUCAUUCUUCAUCUUCUGAUUCCUGUCAUCGCUGUCAUCUACUCAUCGCCGUCAUCUCCUCUCUCAUCGCCGCACAUCGCAGCCACCGAUGUCACGAACUGGACGGAGGCAGUAGAGGACCUCGUCAGUAGCCGCGAACUCGAGAAGGCCAUAUCUUUACUCGCGAAGGUGACUAACGGUGUGCAGCCCCUUCAGAAUUUGGUUGUCCAUCCCGUGAUCGACGAGGCAACUAAAUAUUGGGAAUGACGACGACAACAUAGUUGUUCCUUACAGUAGUGAUGAUGACGAUUUAUCGUAUCACCAUAGAGCGACCGACGCCGACGUACUCAACCAAAAAAUAGGAAGGGUGCUGAAACUCUUUCUUGAAUCUGAUUAUAACUGAAGGAAGUAUUUUUGUUUUUGAAUUUUUAUUUUUGUAAUGAUUAUUGUUUAGAUCUUGUUAACUUAUGCAAUGAAUAUUGUUCUAGAAAUUCUUUCGUUUUAAAAUGCUUUUGGAUUUAUUUUUCACAUGGGCCGUAUGAUUUUUUUACAUUUGCUUGACUUAUCAGUUUCUAAGGACAAAGCCAUACUUGAAAAGUCAAUUCAAUUUUUGUACUACCUUAAAAAUGAGCUCCGGUCAAAUUGGAAAGAAUGUUUUACGACAGAGAGAGCAAUUUCCCACAGAGUGUAUAAUUUGAAUCCCUUUUUAAUAUGGUUUUGAAGAAAAAACAGAAACAAUUAUUUAGGUCUAAAGUAGAGUAAAAAUGGUCCGGAUCAGAAAAUCUAGUGGAUCUUCGGUCCAAGUAAAUACAAGAUUCCAGUUCUGGUCCAAUCUGAUUUAGGUUCGGUCUGAUUUAAUACUGGUGCAUAGCCCAAAUUGUGGAUAGGCAAAUUAUGGAUCCAUAUAGCUAGGAGUGAGCUAUCCCAAUAUGAUAUAGAAAAUAUGCCAAAAAACCCGAAAAUCCAAUUUUGAAAUCUUGAAUUGAUAAGUACCAAAAGUUACCGAACUGUACCAAAUCAGUUAUUCGAUUUGGUAUUUGGGAAUGAUAUUGACUUUUAUCCCAUUUAAAAAAUCCUAAAUAUUGAAUAAUUUAAACGAAGGAAGCUUCACCUGAUUUUAUUGUACUCCGUAAUAAGUUGUGAUAUGAUAAAUUUUUAAAAAUUUCAACUUGAGUGAGUCUUCGUCGCUCAAUCUCACGCCGCCGACCAUAGCUCCAGCUCCUUCUUCUUGGACUUCCCGGUGUUAAAGUAAAGAAAUCAAGGCAUUGCCUGUCGCCUGCGGAGGGGGAAGAAGCCUCAAUGCCGCGUACAAUUACCUACGAAAGCCCGGGCUGCCCUCGCCUCCGAGCCUUAACCUCUGAUGUUCUCGGCCUCAUCAAAGUGGUUCAAGCUCGUGGUGGCGAGAGAGAGGAAGCUCCGGCUGUAGUGGAGCGGUGGGGCGACCCGGAUCCUUCAAGACACGUUCUUGCCACUUCCAUCAUUGACCGUGAAUGUGACCCUCUUCUUGGCGUGGCAAGAAAAAAUGGCAUGAUUGAGGUGCUUAGCUCUAUCAAUGGUGAUGUUCGCCUUACGGUUCCGAGCUCUAGUGAGAGCAGCAAGGCGAGUGGUGAUGAUGCCAUUGUGGCAUUACAUCUUUUCCGAAAACAGAGGUUGGAGUCAUCAUUGAGGUCAUGUACCUUGUUCACAUGUACAAUAAAAGGGCAUGCAAGCAUAAGGUCUGUUGAAAUCCCUGAGUCACUUGGAGAUUCAACCUCAGAGGCCCCUCUCACCACAUGGGAUGCACACGCUUUGGGUACCAUUUUGUGCUCCAAAGUAGACAACAGUGAAAAUUAUGCUUUAUUCGGGGGGAAGGGAGUUGAAAUCAAUGUGUGGGAUCUUGAAAAGGGUUGUAAAGUCUGGGCUGCAAAACCUCUUCCCACAAACAGUAUUGGGAUCUUUACACCUGCUUGGUUUACAUCUGCAACAUUCCUAAGCAAGGAUGAUCAUCGCAAAAUUAUAGGUGGCACUAAUGGCCAUCAGGUGCGUCUUUAUGAUAUUUCUGCUCAGAGAAGACCUGUAAUAAGAAUUGAUUUUAGAGAAACAGCCAUUAAAGCUGUUGCUGAAGACAUUGAUGGCUGGACAGUAUAUGCAGGGAAUGCUUCGGGCGACCUUGCUUCAUUUGAUAUGCGCACAGGGAAGCUUUUGGGAUGCUUCAUUGGUAAAUCUAGUGGAAGUAUACGCUGCAUUGCUAGACAUCCGGAGCUCCCAGUGAUGGGAUCGUGUGGGCUGGACCGAUAUUUGCGCAUUUGGGAUGUCAAGUCCAGGCAACUUCUUUCUGCGGUGUUCUUGAAGCAGCAUCUUACUAAUUUUGUUUUUGAUUCUCAUUUUUGCUAUGAGGAGCAACAAGUUGUGAAUGAGGUACAACAAGAAUGUGAGGAAGUUUCUGAACUUCCAACCAAAAGGAAGAAGGAUGUUAAAGACCCCAGUCAAAAAAAGAAGCGAAAGACAAAGAGAACAGAGCAACAAGAUAUGAAUGAUACACAACAUGAAUGCAAAGAGGUGUCUAACAAAUUGACCAACGGGAGGACGAACGGUAAGGACCCCAGGCUAGAAAAGAAGCUGAAGACCAUGAAAACAGCUCAUCAACAUCCAGAGGAGCAAGAGAUGUCUGAAGACAAAGAAAGCAGCCUAAAUGACAUAGCUGAAGAGGAUACAGUGUUCCCUGGAAGUGAAAAGGCAUCUAAAGGGGAAAGUGGCAAGAAGAAGAAGAAGAAAGUGAAGAGAAGGAAAUCGGUGAUGCCACCUCAGCAAGGGGGCAUUUGAAAACGGCUCUAGACUGUCGCACAUGACUGUUGAGUUUCCCGUGGACGUGCUGUUUUUUGUCAUAAUAUAUUCUCCCUUUGUAUACAACGUUGGGGCUUGCAAAAACUCAAGUACCCCAAAUGUUUUUUUAGAGUAUUUCUUUUUCUUUUUCCGAUGAUGAAUGAUUUUUGUUAGGAACCAAGUAUUUCUUGUUAGGAUUUGAAGACAAUAAAGAAAGUGUUCUUAUUUGAGACCACACCAUCAUCACGAGGAGAUGCUUAUGGUUGAAAGGGAAGAUUACAAUAAGAGGAAAGAUGAAUUUCUGGAAAAGUUUGAUGUUUUGCAUUCUUACGAUCUCCUCUUCUAACCCGAGAACUAUCUGCUGGCCGUUGAACUUCCUCUCAAAGGAAUUGAUCUGGACAGAGUAAAGAACAUCAACUACUCUGAAUUGGCACCAUUAACUCAUCGUGGACAAAUGCCUAACCGAAGACAGCGACGUUGGUGUUAAAGUUACCGUAAUAGUGAUGACUUGUUUGAACCAGUGCCCAGACGACCGCGCGGAGGCAAAAUCUCUUGCCAGGGAACUCAGAGAAAUUGAAGGCACACAAGUUUUUUUUUUGUAUUAAAUAAUAAGCAUUGAG